UUCGCAAACACAUCAAAGACAUCAUCAUCAUAAACUUUCUUGUUCCUCCUGAUAUGCAUUUUAUCGUUACAAGAUCAACUUCAAAUUUUUUUAUCCCUCCCAAGUUGCUUUAAUACUGUUUAUCUGUCGUUACCCAUGAUAAGAAGCUCCUCCUCGUAGUCGGUGGUCGAAGGACCGAUUGAAAGUCAAACGUAAAAAAUGUCGAACGCGUGCAGUGAUUGUUCGUCGUCGUUGUCGUGAACAGGGAAGAAAAAAGCAUGUUGCGGGUUUAUUAGUUCGCGAAAGGCCGGAAUCAUGUGACGAUUGCCCUAUACUUACUUCUUACACCACCCAUUUCCCGGUAGACAUCUCGAUCAUGGAUGCGUGACUUUCAUUUUUUCUGGCAGCGAUAACGGGCUGAUUGACAGCCUAUCGAGAUAUGUUGUCUCUCAAGGAGUACAUCGCCACCCAACAGCAUCCCUUGAUUAUGGCUUUUGGCAAUCCUCUGCUGGAUACAAUUGUUAUUAACGAUAAUAACAGACUGAAGCCUCUGAUGGACAGAUUGAGACUAGAAGUUGAUGGAAUAGUCGAACUGGAUAGGAAACAAAUGCAAGAUAUUUUCAAGAGUUUGCCCGAAGACUUACCAAGGACUACAGCGGCUGGAGGAUCGUCUCUGAACUCUAUGAGAUUUUUACAAAAGCUAAUUGGUUCGGGUGACCAGAGGGUAUGCACUUAUUUUGGUGCCAUAGGCAACGACGAGCACGGAAAGUUACUAAAAGAAUUGUUGGAAGCCGCGAAAAUCGAUGCCCGACUCGGCGUCGUGAGUAAUUAUCCCACAGGUAUGACAUUAGCCAUAGUUACCAACGAAAAUCGGAGUCUUGUGGCACACAUUGGAGCUGCAGGCAAAUACAACAAGUUAAAAUACGUUGAAGAUACGUUACCGCUCGAUAGAAUUAAAAUCUUGUACAUCGAGGCAUACUUUCUGAUUAAUAACUUCUGUGUUGCCAUUGAAAUAGCCAAGAUGGCAGAGUCCAAGAAAUUCCUUAUAGCGUUUAAUCUGAAUGCAGAAUAUGUUUUAGAGAAACAUGAGAGAGAAAUAUUGGACUUCAUUGCGUACUCCAACAUCGUAUUUGGUAACGUAGGUGAAUACCAGGCCUUGGCUGCCAGGUAUCCAAUCGAAUACGAUCGACCUACCGACAUUCCGUUUCACUUAAAUACUAUGGCAGCAGUUGGACGUGAUUGGGAGCAUAAAUGUGGUAGAAGUUGGUUGAGUAGGAGCUCUUGUUUCGUAUUAUCUCAAGGCGGUAACGGCCCAGCUAUUUGCGUUUAUGGAGAAAACAACUUUGUUGAAUAUAAAAUACCAACUAAUAUUACGGUCAAGGACACGACGGGUGCCGGAGAUGCAUUGGUUGCUGGGUUUCUUGCGGGUGUUUUGGCAGGCCAAGAGCCGCAAACCUGCCUUAAUUGGGGAUGUAAAGUUGCAGAAGAAGUUAUUCAAAAACUUGGUGCUACUCUUCCAGAUGACUUGCCUGAUGAUUUUUUACCAUUGACGCCUCAAAAAUGAAACCCAGAGGCGUAGAUUCUGUUUCUUAUUGUUAACUUAUACAUUUUUGUUGAGCAAACAGGAUUUUGCCGUUGAAUUUGUCGAAUUUUACGCUUGUACCUGUACGUUUCUUAUGAAGCAUCAAUUCCAUCUUAGACAAUCGUGGAUUAAUAACCUUGUAAUAACAUUUUAAUGCACCAAAUAUUUGAAAAUUAUGGAUACACAUGGAUAGAUUUUUCAAAAAUAGAUUACUAAAUAGUACUAUCUUUGAUGAGGUAUAAUAUGCGACAAAAUAUUUUCUGGGGGUUGCCUGCAAUGUUAACUUAAUUUUUUCAAUCAGAUUUUUACUGGAAAAAAUACAAAAUCAAUGAUACCUAUAAAUAUAGAGAUCUGUCAUAGUACAAAUUACAAACAAGAUAAAUAUAUUUUUGUGUUAAUGUAUUAAAAAUAUGAUAUAUUAGGCUUAACUUUAAACAUUAUCUUUAAAUGUCUACAGAACUCUUAACAGUACAAACCGAAUGCUAAAUAAAUAACUCAAUGUAUUUUUCUGCUAAUCUACAUAGAAAGAUGGUUUUGCCGCGUAUAAUCUUAAACUAAAGGCCAACGAUAUCUAUAUUAUUCAAUAAUAAUUCGUGCCGAUAUAUUUUAAUAAUGAUUGUUAACUUAUAAACGUCUAGUCAUACCAUGCAGAGAACUAAGCAAACUUUACGUGCAGCCAUAAUGUAAAAAAAAUGUUUGUAAAAUAGUAUUGAUAGAUGAUUCGUAAUAUUCGUUGAAUAUUGUUAACUUAUUGUUAUUUUCAGCAUAAUAUUGUAGCAUAGGGAAAACUGCUUCGAUGUUGUCUAAUCGAUUUGUUAUAGAAGGAAAUAAAGUCGUUUGAGUACGAUUGCCUUAAGAAAAUUACCUGAAACAUUGUAUAUACAAUGAAAGAUUUAUUUAUUUUGUAUGUUAUUGUAGUGUGAACUCGUUUGAAUGUACUUUUUGCAACUAAUUGUAAUUGCCGAAUUGAAUCAAUUUUAUUUGUAAGAAUUAUACUGUUUUCUAAAUCAGAUAAAAGUAUUUGUGUUUUAUUAAACUAUUGGAUUUUUAUUCAAUUUUUUGCGUUUUAAUUGGUAAAAAACACAAAAGUUUGGGACAGCAAUGAUAAUAAUUAACACGAAAACAACAUGAUGAGCUAUGAAUAAUAACUCAAUCGAACAACACCCUUGAUUUAAAGCACGACAAAAUGCCGGGUUCACAAGCACUUCUCUGGGUCGAUUAUUCAUCAAACGAUCUCGAUGAUUCAUGAAAUUGAGAAAGCCCGCACUCUUUAUUAUGGUC